AUGCACAUCAACGAGAUCACCGUCUUCACCUACGAUGCCAACUACAAUUAUGGCACAUACACCAUGUCUGGUGGUCGGAGUGCUACCGGCCAGCGGUCCCUCGUCGUCCGGCUCCGUACCGACGAUGGCCUCGAGGGCUGGGCCGAGUCAGCGCCCCUGGGCGGUGACUACUUGCCAAGCUUUUUCAACGGCGAGCUUGCCGCGCUCAAGGAACUCAGUCCUCAUGUAAUAGGCUUGGAUCCACGCUCCCCAGCGGCUGUGGGUGCUGUCAUGGACGGAAUUCUCUUGUCAGGCACUGCUGCGAAGGCUGUCAUUGAUAUUGCGUGUUGGGACAUCUUGGGCAAGGCUGUGGGGUUGUCAACUUCAGUACUCCUCGGUGGAUGUCUGCAGAAGGAACUGCGAGCCUUUUCGGUCGUUAGCAUUGGGGACCCAGCAACCGGUGUUGAGAAGGCUCGCGCUGAACUUGACAAGGGGGCCAAGGCGAUGCAGGUCAAGGUCGGAGACGACCCGUUGAGUGACGCUCGCCGGGUCGCAGCCAUCCGCGAGGCUGUCCCUGGCAGUGUAGACAUCUGGGCUGAUGCCAACGGAGGAUGGAACCUCAGUCAGGCUCUGACGUUUGCCCGCGCACUGCCACAGGGCAUGACGGUAGCGAUAGAGCAGCCGUGUGCCACCCUCACAGACUCCGCCGAGGUUGGCCGCCGCACCGGCCUGCCAAUCGCCUUGGAUGAGUCUGUCGUCACCAUGAGCGACCUCGUCUCUGCACACGCGCAAGGAAUAACGGGCGUCAACAUCAAGCCCUCACGGGUUGGAGGCUUCACCAAGGCACGCACCCUCCGUGACGCGGCCGUGGCCCUUAACAUGAUGGUCACCAUCGACGACACCUGGGGCUGCGCCUUGACGACAGCGCAGAACUUGCAGUUGGCGGCCUCCACGCCACAGAAGCACAUGAGGGCGGUUGAUUUGUUUGCCGAGUGGACGAAUCCACUGAUUGCAGAGAUACCUCGGUUAAAGGGAGAUGGACAGAUAAGCGCCACAGAAUUGCCUGGUAAUGGUUUUGGGGCUGUGGACUUUGCACUUUUGGGAGAGCCUCUUUUCCAAAUUAAGGCCUGA